GUGCGCAGGUGCAUGCCGAUCGUGACCCUCUGCGCAGGGGCAGCGCCGGCGCUAUUUACGUGCGCGGACGGAGUGCGCAGGCGUAUACACGGCCGGCCGAACCGCCGUUCCGUGCGUGUGUGCGCGCAGCAAUGUCAAUAUGUGAGGCGAUGGAGCUGGGCGGAUUCUCCGUCACUGACAGCCACAGCAGCUCGGCCGAACAUAGUGAGCUGGAGGAAGACGACGAGGGUUACGAGAGAACGGAGCGACAGGCUGAGCAGAGUAUUUGUCUGGCUGACGUGAAUCCCUACAUCCUAUGUCCCAUCUGCAGGGGCUACUUCAUUGAUGCCACUACUAUCACUGAGUGCCUGCACACCUUCUGUAAGAGCUGCAUCGUGAAGCAUUUUGACAACAGCAACCGCUGUCCAAAGUGCAACAUUAUUGUUCACCAGACACAGCCGCUGUACAACAUCAGGCUGGACAGAAAAUUGCAAGACAUUGUCUACAAGCUGGUGCCCAACCUGGAGAGCAGUGAAAAAAGACGACUACAUGAAUUCUACAGAGAGAGAGGGCUUGAGGUCCCUAAGCCAGUUGUCCAGGUACCUGGUAAAAGUAAAGUGCGCCGUAUCCGAUCGCUGAGUAAAAAGCUGUCGCUGUGCGAGGCUCCGCCAGGGGACCCCCUGCCUCAUCUUGACAUCUGUUUGGUGCUUGAGUUCAUUGGGGCUGAUCUUGGAAUUGGUGAUUACAAGCCGCUGCAGAAGAAGUAUGUCCGGGUGUCAGAGGAGGCAACAGUCCGACAUGUGGAAAAGUUUAUCCGAAUGAAGCUGGAAUUGGACCCCAUCUAUAGGGUAGACAUCAUCUGUGGAAACAAGAUCCUAGAACAUCACCAGACCCUGAGACACAUUCGAAGGAGCGUCACCGAGAGUGGCAUUCGGGAUGGACUGCUUAUCCUGCACUAUGGACUUGUGCAUUCCCAGAAGUGAAGCUGGCUGUCCCCCUGUUGUCCGACCGCAGUGGUGAUUGGCUUCCGAGGACAUUUUCACAACCACCAUUGAUAAUCAGGUGGUUCCUGUGACGGAAGGUUGUGCUCGGUUAAGAGUCAAGGGUUUGGAGAUUGGUGCUGUGGGAUUGUAGUCCAGUGUCUGUCCAGGGAUCCGAGAUUGAUCCUGUGCAAGUUCAGGACAGUGAUUGCCCUCGGGUGCAUCUUUAUUAGCUGGGAAGUGGGUGACUGGCGUUGGGUGGAGGGUCUCUGGUUUUGUUGGAUCCUGUCCCAGACUGUACAGCUGUCUCCACACAUCAUGUCCAGCUUGCAUUAGUUGUAAGUAACAACAUUUGUAUGUGGCACCCACGCAUACCAAGCUAGCUUUAACAACACACUGCACCUUGCACACCCUAGCACUGAGCUCUCACCAGACGGUGGGGUGUCCCACUGACCAGAUUGAUAUGUGCCCCAGAGUGGGACUGACUGGACUGGAGUUUGUCUUGCCCUGGACUGACUGCUAACCAGACAAUGAGGUGUCCCACCCUGGGACUGACCAGUGUCCAGACAAUGAGGUGUCCCACUGUGGGAUCGACCACUGACCACACAGUGAGGUGACCCAGCCUGGGACUGACCAUUGGGGUGGUGGUUGUUCACUGUGGCAAGUGUCAAUACUCAAAAUAUUUGCCUUAUAUCCUUGAAUGACAUUUCGCUUUUUAUCUUUGAAUGUUCAGCAGACUUUUAAAAUAUUUUUCUCCAGUUUGUAAAAUUCUUUGCUAAUUAAUAAAAUCUGCGAUGAAAUAGU